GCGCGCUCCCGCGCUCCAGACAGGCGGCCCGGGCGAUCAGGGCGCGAGCGAGAGCGAGAGCGAGACCUGCGCGCGAAACCGGGCCGGCCACGUAGAGCCGCAGCCGAAGAGAGAGAGGGAGCGAGUCAGUCUGCGUGAGAGAAAGAAAGAAAGAAAGAAAGAAAGAAAGAAAGACAGGGAGGUUAAAAUAUAAAAACAACAGAGAUUCGUGUCAACAGACACACAAUAAAAGGGGCGACGGUUGUUGAAAUAAGCUUAUGGCGCAUUCGUUUUCCUUGAACAGCGCAGUCUAAAAGUCUGUCAGAGAAUGGGGAGAGACGGCGCGCUCGCCCGGGUUGCCGUGGAUAAUGUUUGCGAAGUGUCGCCUAUGGCUGCUAACUCAAGGACUGUUUUCUCAAGUCAUAUCCAGCAAUUAAGCUAAAAAAACACCAAAUCCUGCUACAAGAUGAUAAGCCCUUGCUGCUGCUGCUGCUGCUGCUAACACACGACAAAGGAAUACUGUACAACCGGAGAAGAGAAAUAAAUAUUGCACCUGAAAGAACAGGAUGAACUAGAUAAAUGUAUAUAUAAACAUAUAUAUGUAACUGGCAAAGCCCAUGUAAACCUGCUUGUGAUCUUUUUUCUUCUGCACUGUUAGAAGGAGCCAUAUACGCGUUUGCCUCCCCCUCUCCCUUUUCGCCCCUCCCCUCUCUCCCACCCAGACCUCCACUGCUCAUGAAAUCUUGCCAAAAGCCGAAGGACAGGCACACAAUACAGGGUGCUGCUGGGAUGGCCCAGGAGGAGAGCCGUCGAACCCAAGUCCCACCUUCUUACUACCACGGUGCAGCCCAGGAGCUUGACCUGUCCACCAAGCUGUACAAGAGGGAGUGCAGUGGGAAGCCGUACUCUGUGCUGGUGGACAACAAGAUGAGCAAGAGCCCUCUGGCUGAGGUGCUGCCCCAGCAGCAACAGCAGCAGCAGCAACAGCAGCAACCCUACUACAGGGAAGGGGGCAAGGGGGCACAGGAGGAAGAAGGAGGAAGAGAAGGAGCAGGGCAGCCCUUGACGGGGGACAGGGAAGGCUCGGAGGAGACAGAGGAUGAGGAGGAGGAUGAGGAGGAGGAGGAAGUGGAGGAGGAGCAGCAGCAGCAGUCUUUCAAGAGGGAGCAGAUCAUUGUGGAGGUGAACCUCAACAACCAGACUCUGAACGUCUCCAAGGGCGAGAAAGGCCUGCCUUCGCAGUGCGUGAUGAAGUGCAGCGAUGAGGAGGAGGAGGAGGAGGAGCAGGAGGGGAUCAACGCGAGCCCAGAGGAGGAGGAGGAGGAGGAGGUGGCGGCGGCAGCAGAGGAGAACGGGAGACAGAAGGGGAGAGCCAAAAAGGCGAAGAGGAGCGGCGCCCACCCCCCGCGCAGGACCAGGAAGGCGGCCAUGGCAGCUGCCAGCGCGGUGGCGUCCUGCGUGAACAGGAGGGGCCGCAGGAAGAGCUCGGAGCCCCCCAAGAGGAAACGCAAAGCCACGCCCCGCGAGAGCAAAGGCUCCCCUGCCACACCCCCCUCCUCCCCCCCUUCCUCCUCCUCCUCCUCCCCCUCCCCCACUAGCGUGGACGCUGCCUCUGCCUCUCAGAAGGGCAAGAGCGGGGCAGGGGGGGAGGAGAAGGAACCGCUGACCUGUGAGAAGUGCCCGCGGGUCUUCAACACGCGCUGGUACCUGGAGAAGCACAUGAACGUCACCCACCGGCGCAUGCAGAUCUGCGACAAGUGCGGGAAGAAGUUUGUGCUGGAGAGCGAGCUGGCGCUGCACCAGCAGACCGACUGCGAGAAGAACAUCCAGUGCGUCUCCUGUAAUAAGUCCUUCAAGAAGCUCUGGUCCUUGCAUGAGCAUAUCAAGAUUGUCCACGGCUAUGCAGAGAAGAAAUUUGCCUGCGAGAUCUGCGAGAAGAAAUUCUACACCAUGGCUCAUGUCCGGAAGCACAUGGUUGCACACACCAAGGACAUGCCCUUCACCUGUGAGACCUGUGGGAAGUCAUUCAAGCGCAGCAUGUCCCUGAAGGUGCACUCACUGCAGCACUCUGGAGAGAAGCCUUUCAGGUGCGAGAACUGUGACGAGCGCUUCCAGUACAAGUACCAGCUGCGCUCCCACAUGAGCAUCCACAUCGGACACAAGCAGUUCAUGUGCCAGUGGUGCGGCAAGGACUUCAACAUGAAGCAGUACUUCGAUGAGCACAUGAAGACACACACCGGAGAGAAGCCGUUCAUCUGUGAGAUCUGUGGGAAGAGCUUCACCAGCCGACCCAACAUGAAGCGCCACCGGCGCACCCACACGGGGGAGAAGCCGUACCCCUGCGACGUGUGCGGACAGCGCUUCCGCUUCUCCAACAUGCUCAAGGCACACAAGGAGAAGUGCUUCCGGGUCACCAGCCCCGUCAACGUGCUCCCGGCUCUGCCCAUCCCUGCCGCUGCCCCCCCUCCCCCCGCCUCGCCCUCGCCCUCCCCUACCAGCCCCACCCACCUCGCCCUGCCCCCGCGGCCCAUCCCACACCCCUUCUCACACCUCCACCUGCACCCCCACCACCACCACCACCACUUGGCCGUGCCCCCCGUGUCUCACCUCCCCCCACCGCCAGCGCUUUUCAAGAGCGAGCCUUUGAACCAUAGAGGCCACGGGGAGGACGGAUACCUGCGUCACAUGGGCGACAAGAACACAGGAGCACAGCAGCACCAUUAAAAUGCAACCUGUGUAUAGAUACAUAUAUAUAUAUAUAGAUAUAUGUAUAUAUAUAUAUAUAUAUGUAUAUAUAGAUAGAUAUAUAUAGAUAUAUAUAUAUAUAUAUAUAUAUAGAUAUAUAUAGAUAGAUAUAUUGAGAGAGAGAGAGAUAUAUUUAUGUGUGUAUAUACAAGGGUGUUUAUAAAGUCUUUUGCCCACUUUGCGAAGCUUAUGGAGAGGGGGCAUUCUGAACUGAUACUGUGUUCCUGUGAAAAUGCUGCGUUCAUCGAGACAAGCAGCGCCCCUGCUGAUCUCUAAUGGAAUAACACCUGUGGGUGUUUGCUGCUGGGCCCUUUUAUAUGAGCAGUAGAGUCUUGAUCAUUCGUUGCCCCCACUGCUCUGCGGUGAACGGUUUUACCACAGCGGCACAAAGUGGAUGACUGACUUUGGAAUCGCGCUCUGCACACACACACACACGCACGCACGCAGCUUUUCAAGUGAAUGCAUAUCUUUUACUCUUUGUCUUUCUUUUUUUUUAAAUCCAGAACGAAAUAUUGUUGCUUACUCCCCCAUACCGUGAAGAUGCAGUACUCCUUUGAAAUCCCUUCCGACGCCCUGUGUGUGUGUUCAGUACAUGCCAGUGUAUAUACACACGUACGUGCCUACAGUGUCGCUACUAGCAUUAAAACUCAACGGUGGAGAAGACUUGCUGAACCUGGCAUAGGAAACAUGGGCUUCUUUUGAGUAAAGGCACUUUUUUUGCCCCUUUUCUUCUACACCUUGUCAACUUUAUAUAAAUUUUAAGGAAAAGAGAAAAAUAGCAUUAAUUUGAACCUGACAAUAUGAAUCAUAACCAUGUAAACCAAUCUCAACUUCUGGGAUGAUUUUUGCAUUUUUUUAUUUUUUUUGAAAAAGACCAUAUUGUAAAAUGUUCUUGUUUCACAUCCGCAGAUGAGGUAUGCUUUACUCAGUUGUUUUUGUACCACAGACUUAUCAGAAAGACCCCUUUUUACACGUUUGAGGAAACGGUUUUCAAACUGAUGGAAAAACAAUGUGCAAGACUGGUCUAAAGCAUUAAGUGUAUCACUGUGUAUCGUAACAAAGCUUUUGACUUUUCUACAAGAAAAAAAUACCAAGCCUUUUGACACCAGCUAGACUCCGAUCACUUGUCCUAGCUGGGCUUCUUGGUAUCCUGCAUUCUAUGAAAAGAAACAGUGUACUUGUAUAUAUAACUGUCUAACACACUUUUUUUUAUUUUACCUACAAAACAAUUAUUUUAGAGGUUUUGUAUAGACAUAUUAUGUAGUAUAUGUUUAUAAAAAAAAAAAAAAAAGUUUAUUUCAAACAAACGUAAUUGUUUUUUUUUUUUUGAUGUGUAGCUGGAUCUAAUGUUAAUAGAUUUAAAAAAAAAAAAAAAUACAAAUUAUAAUCCUUUUUUUUAUUUUUUAUGAAAUGUGAUUUCAGAAAAGUAACUUUGGACCUUUUGAACUGCUGCAGUGCUAUCCUGGUAAAUUCCUGUAUCUCGCACUUCAAAGCUGCUGCCCCCAGCCUGUGAACAAGAGACUCCACACAAAACGUUAGGAAACCUCUCUGUAGCGCUUGUGGGAAAUCAUUACAGUUUUUUUCCCUUUUUUGUUGCAUGCAAAUUUUUAACUCUACCAUAUAUGCUGACCACCCCCGCUAUUGCAGGAAAUGGUUGGGCUACAUUGACAGGAAACUUUCAAGUACGACACUGUACAGCUAUCGCUACAAGUUUUGCAUCACCUAGAAUUUUAGGAUUGAGACAAUAAAAAAUAUGAACUUAAUUCUAGAUAUUUUAUUUAACAUCAUGUAAUUGAAAAAAAAAAAAAAAAAACCUACCAAAUGAUAUCGCAAGAGUCUACCGGAAGCCAUAAUAGUAGUAGAGUAUUUCAUGUUGAAUUUCGAAAUGUCACAUUUUUCAAUUUGUCUUUUUUUUUUUUCCUGUUUAAGUAUAUGUAAAACUACAAAGCGGUGUGUAAUUCAAUAUGUUAACGUAACAUUAUUCAGCAGGUUUCAUUCGACUUUAUGAAGCAAAAUGAGUUCAUUCUAUAGAGUGAUACAAACGUUUUGGCCAUAGCUGUACAGUAUAAAGCAACUUCACUUAUUUACUGUUUGUUUUUGUGUCAAAUAGUGAAAUAACGAGGAAGGGCUGUAUAUGUGUGUAUUGCUAUACAGUCUCUCUAUAUGGGUCACUCCAUAGUGAAUGGCCACCAGUCCUGGUGCCUCUGUACGAUCAGUCACGUGACUGCUGUUGCAGUGAUUGAAAUUAACAUGCUGUACUCUCACCUACCCUGUACAGGAUGAGGUGUUCAGAGGGGUGAAUUGGGGUCCAGGCCAUUGGAUUCUCCGAUCUGCGGGACCGCUCACGUGGAAUAGAUAACUCAGUAUCUUCCCUGUUAACUGCUCUUGAGCGGUCGACAGGUCACUUUUCACAGAACCCCAUUACUGGCCAGUGGUUGCUGUUGCACUGUGGUGUUACAAAGCUCUUGUUGGUCCAAUUGCUCACGUCCGUCUGGAACAACAAAUUAUUUUAUUGUACACCGUUUGGUAGCACUUUGCUGUGGAGUGGCUGGUGACAUUAUUGCAUAGGAGGCGGUAGUGUUGGUGCCGGAGAUGUGUCCCUCUGCAGGUCCUUGUUUGUUAAUUGUUGUAGCUGUGAGUGUAUGCGUAGGAGGGGAGGCGGGGCUCGGUUGCUGCUCAACUAAAAUUGCUUUUUUUUUUUUUUAGUGGAACACUGUUGAACAGCCUCAGUGCUUGAGUGAUGCACGGUGUAGUUCACAGCCAAUAAACUGUCAGCAAGUAAUGAUUUAAAACAAAGGCUGUCUUAUUUAAUAGGAAAGCGUGUAUAAAGUCAUGGGAAUACGUCUUGAAAAAUCGUCAUGAAUUUUAAGAAUUGAGACCUGCCUACCGGUUAUUCGACUUUGAAAAGCGUGGGGAAAAAACAAAACAAAAUAGCUGUUUCAUAUGAAACCGAUUAAUCUAUGGCAUAAAUAUAUAUAUAUAUAUAUUUUUAUUUAGUGUGUGUGUGUGUAUAUAUAUAUAUAUAUA